UGUCACCUUUAUUUUUCCAAAGUCUGCUUUUUGCUCGCUCGGGCCAGCCGAACAUUACCGCGUAAAACCCAUAUUAUUUGCUGUUCGUACGUAGCAGCAACAUCCGUUCUCGUGCAGUGACCAACCUAUUGGAGAGACGCUCGUGGGAGAUUGUUAUUAAGAGUGCACAGUAGUUCUUGUUGCAUACGAAUAGAUUGCAACCAUUGCACACUGCUGUACUAUCGAACGUUAUUAUAGUCCCGUCCAUACCGCGUCGUCAUCAACGUCGACAGUCCCCAACCUCUCCUUUUUCGCGUAAUUUCAAUACCAAACCAUGAGAGAAUACAAAUUGGUCGUUCUUGGGUCUGGUGGUGUUGGAAAGUCGGCGCUGACAGUGCAAUUCGUACAGUCCAUCUUCGUGGAAAAAUAUGAUCCUACGAUUGAAGACUCUUACCGGAAGCAAGUGGAAGUAGAUGGACAGCAAUGCAUGCUCGAAAUUUUGGAUACAGCCGGAACUGAGCAAUUCACUGCCAUGCGUGAUCUUUACAUGAAGAACGGUCAAGGAUUCAUCCUCGUAUACAGUAUAACAUCUCAAGCAACCUUUAGUGAUCUCGUGGAGUUGCGAGAGCAGAUCCUUCGAGUGAAGGAUACUGAAAAGGUGCCUAUGGUGCUUGUUGGCAACAAGUGCGAUUUGGAAGACGACAGAGUUGUUUCACGAGACCAAGGGAGCUCUCUAGCCUCACAAUGGGGAGGCUGCACUUUCCUCGAAACAAGUGCAAGGAAAAAGAUUAACGUUGACGAAGUGUUCUUUGACUUGGUGCGCCAAAUCAAUCGGAGUAUGCCAGACAAGGACAAGAAGAGCAAGGACAAAAAGAAAUGCAUCAUCUUGUAGUUGAUUCCAUGGCGAUGUUCCCUUUAUCUCAAAUAGUGGAUUACUUUAGUGACAUGAUUUCGAGAAGGUUGGCGAGGGAAAUGUUGACACGUCCUCCUUGAAUCUGUUGCCCCCCAUAUAUAGAUUUUGUUGUCGAGCAAAGAAUUCUCAUGUUGUGUGGCGGAAAUAGUGUGGCUUUAGGUUGAGUUGGAACGGAAGCGAGGACAAUUGGGGUUGGAGCAAUCACAGAAGAGGAUACCAUGGAGAUUUGAUGUUGGAAGUGACAGUUGCCCCAUAUACAUGUUCUGUUUGCCGUGCGUAAUGGAUGUUCUGUGUUCUUUUAUCUUUACUUUUGUUUCCCA